AUGCAACGUUUUCGACAUUUCGGCUUUCGCCCUCCUCUCGACAUCGUCACCUUCAUCAUCAUCAUCCUCGUUGCCGUCGUCAGCCAGACUUGGACCAUGUCAUCGGAUCCAUCUACAGAGACGGCUGCCGUUCAGAUAGCAGCUAUGGCUAAGCCUUCGAUUGCGGCAGAGGCAGGUUCCAGCUCUUCCGCACCAAAACCAAAGCCUGCCAAGCAGAACAACCCAGGGAAUCAGCGUCCACGCCAAUCGAAUCCUCCUCAGCGCCUGACAUCCGAACAGCUGCGGAGAAGGCUGCAAUACAUCGAGUCCGGGUCCACUGUCAUACUCAAGAUGCCGUCUGGACGGACAAAGCCAGCCGAGAUCAUGCCUGGCAAGCAGGUCAGUUUGGGAAAAAUUGGCAGCUUCCGCGCGGAUGACUUGAUCGGUAUGCCGUACGGCUUCACCUACGAGAUCCAGGCCGAAACUGGGUCAGCGUCACAGAAGGAUGGCGACUCAAAGCAGAACGGAAAGGGCGGCGGAAGAGCUUCGGGAUCAGCGACGGGAGGAAAGCUGAAGCUGGUAAUCAACCGAACGCUGAGCGAUCUCGAAACCGAAGCCAGCGAAACCAUCGAAACCGCAGCCACCAACGAGCAUAUCAACGACGACGGUUCCGCCCAGAAGCUCACCUACAUCGACAUCCAAACACUCAAAGAACAAGGCAUCUCCGGCCGCGAGAUCAUCGAGCAGCAGCUUGCAAGCUCGGAAUCCUUCGCCAACCGCACCGUCUACUCGCAAGCCAAAUACGUCGCCAGGAAGGAACAGAAGCACCUGAAGCUCUUCACGCCUUUGCAACCGGACUUUGGCAACGUAUGCGACUUUUGGUUCGAUAAGUCGCCGGAGAAGAUUCGGUACAUUCGCAAGGAUGCGCUGUCGCAGGUGUUGAGCUUCGGCAGUGUUCGACCCGGUGGCAGGUAUUUGGUGGUGGACGAGGUGUCUGGGUUGUUGGUGGGAGCUGUGCUGGAGAGGCUGGGUGGGGAUGGGACUGUGAUCGCGAUCAACGAUGCGGAAUCACCACCGUCGCUGGACAUCUUGCCUUACUUCAACUUGCCGACUCAGGUGACGAAACCCGUGCUCAAGAUCAUCAACUGGGCAGCAACGGAACAAGACUACGCACCGGUCUUUUCGAACCAAGACAUCCAGCCUACCUCCUCUUCUUCCACCGCUACUAACGCCACACGAUCCGCCAAAGACAAGCAGCGCGAUCGAAAACGUCAAGCUACGUUCCGCGAAGUGGACCGCGUGCGAUCCGACUUCUUCGCCGGCGACUUUGACGCCGUGCUCAUCGCAUGCCACUACGAUCCCAUGAGCAUCCUUCGUCGCCUGAAACCGCAUCUCGGUGGCUCGGCAAGCGUGGUAGUCCACAGCCCGUACCUGCAACCUCUGGUGGAGGCCCAUGCGCAGCUACGAGGAGAUGAAGAGUUUAUCAACAUCAGCGUUACAGAGCCUUGGUUGAGGAAGUAUCAAGUGCUGCCAGGGAGGACGCAUCCGGAGAUGACGACGAGCAGUACCGCCGGGUUCAUACUGCACGCGUUGAGAGUGUUUGGGGACAAGCAGGCGCUGGAGAUGAGGAAGGAGUACUUGGCGAGCUUGGAGCAGGAGAAGAACAAAGAGGAGGUGGCAGCGAGCGAUGCGGAGGCGGGUAAGAGGACGCAGGAAGAAGUGGCGGGAGAUGGAGAGGGGCAGCGCGAGGCAAAGCGUGUCAGGACGGAAGAUGCGACUGAACCCGAGACUGUUGCCUAG